AUGGAUACAGAUGUUGGGUCAGAACUGUUUGUCGGCUAUGAAUCCGACUUCACCCUCAUCCUUGCCGACCUCUCCCGCACCCUCACCUCCCUCCCCCCUCUCCGCGGCGAACCCCGUAAAUCAGCCAUCUCCUCCGCCUCCCGCCUCCUCGAGGAAGGACAGGAGAUUAUUGCACAGAUGGAGCUAGAGGUGUUGAAUAUCCCAAGUGUCACGCGGGGGAAGGUCAACGCGAGAUUACGCGAACACAAGAAAGAACUACAAGAGAAGAAAACGGAGUUGAGGAAGUUGUCUGCUACCAGCGACCGGGAACUCCUCUUCGGAGACCGUGGGGCAUCACCUAUCCCGGGGAGUGAGGGACAAGAACAGCGCGAUCGGUUGUUGACUGCAACCGACCGUCUCGAACGCUCCUCCCAGCGCCUCCGCGACUCCCAAAGAAUCGCACACGAGACAGAAGACAUCGGUGCCGGAAUCUUGGGUGAUUUACGAGGCCAGAGGGAGCAGAUCGUUAAUACGAGGAAUACAUUGAUGGAGGCGGAUGGAUAUGUGGAUAAGAGUUUGAGGACGUUGAAGGGGAUGGCGAGAAGUUGGGGCAUAUGGUAA